GUAAUAAGUAUUUGAAUUAUCGGAGACUGUGUAUCAGUAAGCAUGCAUCUACUACAUAGUUUAUUCUAAAUCCAAACAUAGUUUCUCAAUUCCUAAAACCCAUCUCAUAGUUUCUCCAUUUCAAAGGUUGGAGUUUUUAGAGAUUUUAAGUUUCUGCUUUUGAUGCCAUUUUGCAUGAGUCUUGUUAGAUCGCAUCAUCUAAAAUUGCAAUUUGUGAUUGAAGGCCAUUUUGCAUAAAUAGCAUCGGUUGUUCCGUUGAUUCAUAAUCCAGAUCAUUUAGUUUCUUCUUCUUUUGAAGACAAUUUGCAUCAGUCUUGUAGAUCGCAUAUAGAACCAGUUGUUCCAUUGAUUUUGACUCAGGUCCCAAAGAAGAGGAGAAGAAACGAAAAUCAAUGGAAAUUUUAAUUUCUGUUGUUGCAAAAAUAGCAGAAUAUACCGUUGUGCCUAUUGGACGUCAAGCAAGUUACUUGAUAUUCUACAAAGAUAAUUUUAAGGUAUUAAAGGAUCAUGUUGAAGACCUUGAAGCUGCAAGAGAUGUAAUGAUCCAUUCGGUGGAAAGAGAAAGGGGAAAUGGUAAAGAAAUUGAAAAAAAUGUUCUGAAUUGGUUGGAGAAAGUGAACGAGGUCAUUGAAAAGGCGAAUUGCCUUCAAAAUGACCCUCGCCGUUUCAAUGUUAGGUGCUCAGCAUCGUCGUUCCCCAACUUGGUUUUACGUCAUCAAUUAAGUAGGAAAGCCACAAAAAUUGCAAAAGAUGUUCUCCAAGUUCAAGGUAGAGGAAUUUUUGAUCAAGUUGGUUACCUUCCCCCUCUGGAUGUAGUAGCCUCAUUCCCAACAAGAGAUGGUGAAAAGUAUGACACAAGAGAGUCACUUAAGGAGGACAUUGUGAAGGCUUUAGCAGAUCCUACUUCAUGCAACAUUGGGCUUUAUGGGCUGGGCGGGGUCGGCAAGACCACUCUAGUGGAGAAAGUUGCUCAAAUAGCCAAGCAACGUAAAUUGUUCAAUAAUGUGGUUAUGACAGAAGUAUCGAAAAAUCCAAACAUCAAAUUAAUUCAAGAUGAGAUUGCAGAUUUUUUGAAUCUACGAUUCGAAGAGACGACUAUUCUUGGCAGAGCACAACGCCUAAGGCAGAGAAUCAAGAUGGAGAAAAGUAUCCUUAUCAUUCUAGAUAAUGUAUGGACCAAACUUGAUUUGAAAAUUGUUGGGAUUCCAUUUGGCAAAGAACAUAAAAGUUGCAAAUUGUUGAUGACAAGUAGAAAUCAGGAAGUGUUGCUUCAAAUGGAUGUUCCAAAGGAUUUUACUUUCAAAGUUGAACUUAUGAGUGAAAACGAGACAUGGAGCUUGUUUCAAUUUAUGGUUGGGGAUGUGGUUAAAGAUAGAAAUUUGAAAGGUAUACCAUUUCAAGUUGCCAAAAAAUGUGCAGGUUUGCCUCUUAGGGUAGUGACGGUAGCGGGUGCAAUGAAAAAUAAAAGGGAUAUCCAGUCUUGGAAAAAUGCAUUCAGACAAUUACAAAGUUAUGAUGAUACAAAUCAGAUGGAUGCAGAAACUUAUUCUGCUUUGGAAUUAAGUUACAAAUCAUUGCAGAGUGAUGAAAUGAGGGCUCUCUUCUUACUUUUUGCAUCACUGUCAGGCAAUGAUGUGGAGUACUUUCUCCAAGUUGCAAUGGGGUUAGACAUAUUGAAGCAUACCGUGGAUGACGCAAGAAACAAACUAGUCACAAUAAUCAAAUCUUUGGAGGCGACUUGUCUUUUGCAUGAAGUUAAAACAGAUGCAAAGAUCCAUAUGCAUGACUUUGUUCGUGAUUUUGCUAUCUCCGUAGCACGUAGGGACAAACAUGUAUUUAUAAGAAAACAAUCUGAUGAGAAAUGGCCAACCAAGGAUUUUUUGAAAAGGUGUAUGCAGAUCGUUCUUUAUAUGCAUGAUGAGCUUCCUCAAACGAUUGAUUGUCCAAACGUUAAGCUUUUCUAUUUGUGCAAUAAGAAUCAAUCUUUAGAAAUCCCCGAUACCUUUUUUGAGGGUAUGAGAAGCCUUGGAGCGCUAGCUUUGACGUCUUUGAAGUUGUCAUCAUUACCCACAUCAUUUCGGUUGCUAACAGGCCUUCAAACAUUGUGUUUGGAUCAUUGCAUUUUAGAAAAUAUGGAAGCAAUAGAAGCUUUGCAAAAUUUAAAAAUUCUUCGUCUGUGGAAAUCUUCGAUGAUCAAGUUGCCAAAAGAAAUAGGGAGAUUGAUUCAAUUGAGAAUGCUUGAUUUGAGCCACUCAGGAAUAGAAGUUGUCCCACCCAACAUCAUAUCAAGCUUGACUAAAUUGGAGGAGUUGUACAUGGGAAAUACCUCUAUUAAUUGGGAUGUUAAUUCAACAGUUCAAACUGAAAAUGCUAGUAUUGCUGAGCUUCGAAAGCUACCCAACUUGACAGCUCUAGAAUUACAAAUUCGUGAGGCUUGGAUGUUGCCAAGGGACUUGCGAUUGAUGUUUGAGAAGCUGGAAAGAUAUAAAAUAGCUAUCGGAGAUGUAUGGGACUGGUCUGACAUUAAGGAUGGAACCUUAAAAACAUUGAUGCUCAAACUUGGUACAAACAUACAUUUGGAGCAUGGAAUUAAAGCAUUGAUUAAAGGUGUUGAGAAUUUGUAUUUGGAUGAUGUAGGUGGAAUUCAAAAUGUGCUUUAUCAACUAAAUGGAGAAGGAUUUCCAUUUCUGAAACAUCUCCACGUCCAAAAUAAUGCAAACAUGAAGCACAUUGUUGACUCUAAAUAUAAGAGGAAUCAAAUCCAUGUGUCCUUUCCCAUCUUGGAAACACUAGUACUUCACAGUCUUAAAAACUUGGAGCAUAUAUGUCAUGGUCAACCUUCAACUACUUCUUUUGGAAAUCUCAGUGUUAUCAAAGUCAAAAAUUGCAUCCAAUUAAAAUAUCUAUUCUCCUAUGCAGUGGUUAAAGAACUUUCCCAAAUUUCUAAGAUUGAAGUUUGUCAGUGCAAUUCUAUGAGGGAAAUAGUGUUUGAAGACAACAAUUCAAGUGCAAAUAAUGAUAUAACUGAUGAAAAAAUUGAGUUUCUUCUAUUACGCUCUUUGACUUUAGAACAUUUGGAGACACUUGAUAAUUUCACCUCUGAUUAUCUAACGCGUCUUAGAAGUAAGGAAAAGCAUCAAGGUCUAGAGCCUUAUGCUUCUACUACACCAUUUUUCAAUGCUCAGGUUGAGUUUCCAUAUUUGGAUACCCUUAAAUUGAGUUCACUUCUCAAUUUAAAUCAAAUUUGGGAUGACAAUCAUCAAUCUAUGUGCAACUUGACUAGCUUGAUUGUCGAUAAAUGUGUUGGAUUGAAGUAUUUAUUUCCCUCUACUUUGGUUGAAAGUUUUAUGAACCUCAAACACCUUGAAAUAAGUAACUGUCAUAUGAUGGAGGAAAUAAUAGCUAAAAAGGAGAGAAACCAUGCAUUGAAAGAGGUUCAAUUUUUGAAAUUAGAGAAAAUCAUACUGAAGGAUAUGAACAACUUGAAGACAAUAUGGCAUCACCAAUUUGAAACAUUGAAGAUUUUGGAAGUGAACAAUUGUAAGAAAAUUGUGGUGGUUUUUCCUUCUUCAGUGCAAAACACAUACAAUGAGCUUGAGAAGUUGGAGGUUACAAAUUGUGAUUUAGUUGAACAGAUAUUUGAAUUGAAUUUGAAUGAAAAUAACAGUGAAGAGGUUACGACACAAUUGAAAGAGGUUACUCUAGAUGGACUGUUGAAACUGAAAAAGAUAUGGAGUGGAGAUCCUCAAGGAAUUCUUAGUUUUCAAAAUCUAAUAAAUGUAGAAGUAGAUAGUUGUGCAAGCUUGGAGUAUCUAUUACCAGUUUCCGUAGCCACUCGUUGCUCACAUCUCAAGGAACUUUACAUAAGAUAUUGUUACAACAUGAAGGAAAUUGUUGCAGAGGAGAAUGAAUCUAGCAUGAAUGAAGCUCCCAUAUUUGAGUUUAAUCAACUAACUACUUUAUGGCUUUUCGGCUCAGAUAAACUCAGUGGUUUCUAUGCUGGAAAUCAUACUCUGCUAUGUCCAUCUUUGAGGAAAUUUAGUGUUACCAAAUGCGCAAAGUUGAAUUUGUUCAGAACUCUAUCUACAAAAAACUCAAUUUUUCAAGAUGAUAAACUCUCUGUUUCAACUAAACAACCACUUUUCAUUGCUGAAGAGGUGAUUCCAAACUUGGAGAUAUUGAGGAUGGCACAGGCGGAUGCUGACAUGAUAUUGCAAACCCAAAACUCAAGUGCCCUCUUUAGCAAAAUGAUUUGGAUUGGCUUUAGUAGCUAUAACACUGAAGAUGCUACAUUUCCUUAUUGGUUUCUUGAAAAUGUGCAUACUCUUGAGUCACUACUUGUUGAAAGGAGUUGCUUCAAGAAGAUAUUUCAAGAUAAAGGACAAAUAUGUGAGAAGACUCAUACACAAAUAAAAAAGCUGAUAUUGCAUGAAUUGCCCAAACUUCAACAUAUAUGUGAGGAAGGAUCUCAUAUUGACCCAGUUCUUGAGUUCCUUGAAUGGUUAGAUGUUGAUGGUUGUUCUAGUCUGACAAAUUUGAUGCCAUCCUCCGUCACCCUUAAUCAUCUGACACAGUUGGAGGUAACAAAAUGCAAUGGGCUAAAAUAUUUAUUCACAACUUCUACUGCGCGAAGUUUGGACAAGCUCACACUUCUGAAUAUAGAAGACUGCAAUUCACUUGAAGAAGUAGUUACUGGAGUAGAAAAUGUUGACAUUGCUUUUGUUAGUUUACAAAUUUUGAAUUUGGAAUGUUUGCCAAGUCUUAUCAAGUUUUCCUCUAGUAAGUGUUUCAUGAAGUUUCCAUUAUUGGAGGAAGUAAUUGUGAGGGAAUGUCCUCGCAUGAAGAUUUUUUCAGCGGGAAACAUAAGUACACCAAUUCUUCGAAAAGUUAAAAUUGCAGAAAAUGAUUCAGAAUGGCUUUGGAAGGGAAACCUAAAUGAUACAAUAUACAACAUGUUUGAAAAUAAGGUGGGAUUUGGUGGUUUCAAGCAUUUAAAACUAUCUGAAUAUCCCGAGUUAAAAGAGUUGUGGUAUGGCCGACAUGAGCAUAACACAUUUAGGAGUUUGAAGUAUCUAGUGGUUCAUAAAUGCGAUUUUUUAUCUGAUGUGCUCUUUCAUCAAAACUUGCUAGAAGUUCUGAUGAACUUGGAAGAAUUAGAUGUCGAAGAUUGUAAUUCAUUAGAAGCAGUUUUUGAUUUGAAAGGUGAAUUCGCAGAAGAAAUUGUGGUGCAGAAUUCUACUCAAUUGAAGAAAUUAAAACUAUCUAAUCUUCCAAAACUGAAGCAUGUAUGGAAAAAGGAUCCACAUUACACUAUGAAGUUUGAAAAUUUAAGUGAUGUAUCUGUUGUGGGAUGCAAUAGCUUGAUAAGCCUCUUUCCGCUCUCAGUGGCUAGAGAUAUGAUGCAACUUCAAAGUCUUCAAGUAAGUCAGUGUGGGAUUCUAGAAAUUGUGGCCAAGGAAGAAGGAACAUAUGAGAUGGUUAAAUUUGUGUUUCCUCAUUUGACUUCCAUUAACCUUGAGUACUUGACCAAACUUAAGGCAUUCUUUGUUGGGGUUCAUUCUCUUCAAUGUAAAUCAUUGAAAACGAUCAUGUUGUUCACAUGUCCAACAAUAGAGCUAUUUAAGGCAGAGCCUUUGAGACACCAAGAAAGUUCCAAAAAUGAUGUGCUUUACUCAACGUAUCAACCUCUUUUUGUGAUUGAAGAGGUACUUGCUAAUGUGGAGAAUUUGCAUUUGAACAAAAAAGAUUUUGGCAUGAUAUUGCAGAGCCAAUAUUCAGGGGUUCAAUUCAACAACAUCAAACACCUUGCCGUGAGUGAGUUCUACAAUGUAGAAGCAACUUUUCCAUAUUGGUUCUUGAAAAAUUUCCUAAUUUAGAAAGUUUGUUGGUCCAAUGGAGUUCCUUCACGGAGUUAUUCCAAGGCGAACAAAUUAUAAGAACGGAAAAGGAACCUGAAAUUAUCCCGCGACUUAGAGUCAAAUAUUUGACAUUAUGGCACCUGACCAAGCUUCAAUGUAUAUGCAAAGAAGGAUUUCAGAUGGACCCAGUUCUACAAUUACUUGAAACCAUUUGUGUGUAUCAAUGUUCCAGUAUGAUAAAGUUGGUUCCAUCCUCAGUCACCUUUAGUUACAUGACCGAUUUGGAGGUAACAAACUGCAAUGGGUUGAUCAAUUUAAUAUCACAUUCAACAGCGAAGAGUCUUGUCAAACUCACAACAAUGAAGAUUAAAAUGUGUAAUUGGCUUGAGGAUAUAGUGAACGGUAAAGAAGAUGAGACAAAUGAGAUUGUAUUUUGCAGUUUACAAACUCUAGAACUAAUUUCUUUACAAAGGCUAUGUCGAUUUUGUUCAUGCCCAUGCCCCAUUAAGUUUCCGUUGCUGGAAGUUGUAGUUGUUAAAGAAUGUCCUCGAAUGGAACUUUUUUCAUUGGGAGUUACCAACACAACAAAUCUUCAAAAUGUACAAACUGAUGAAGGAAAUCAUUGGGAGGGUGACCUCAACAGAACCAUAAAGAAAAUGUUUUGUGAUAAGGUUGCAUUUGGUGAAUUCGUGUACUUAGCCUUAUCUGAUUAUCCUGAGCUAAAGGAUGUGUGGUAUGGCCAACUUCAUUGCAAUGUGUUCUGCAAUUUGAAACAUCUUGUCGUGGAAAGGUGUGAUUUUUUAUCACAUGUACUUUUUCCAUCAAAUGUAAUGCAAGUGCUACAGACAUUGGAAGAACUAGAAGUAAAAGAUUGCGAUUCAUUAGAAGCAGUGUUUGAUGUGAAAGGUAUGAAGUCACAAGAAAUAUUGAUAAAAGAAAACACUCAAUUGAAAAGAUUGACUUUGUCUAGUUUACCCAAAUUGAAGCACAUAUGGAAUGAGGAUCCUCAUGAAAUUAUCAGCUUUGGAAAUUUACACAAGGUGGAUGUUUCUAUGUGUCAAAGCUUGUUAUAUGUCUUUCCAUAUUCACUAUGCCCAGAUCUUGGACAUCUUGAAAUGCUUGAGAUAAGUUCUUGCGGAGUCAUGGAAAUUGUUGCAAUGGAAGAAACUGUAUCAAUGGAAAUUCAAUUUAAUUUCCCCCAAUUGAAAAUCAUGGCACUGCGUUACUUGUCAAAUCUCAAGAGUUUCUAUCAAGGAAAGCAUACUUUAGAUUGCCCUUCAUUGAAGACUUUGAAUGUAUAUCGUUGUGAAGCAUUAAGAAUGUUUUCUUUCAACAAUUCAGACUUGCAACAACCUUACUCGGUUGAUGAAAACCAGGACAUGCUAUUCCAACAACCCCUGUUUUGUAUUGAAAAGUUGGGCCCCAAUCUGGAGCAAAUGGCAAUAAAUGGCAGAGAUGUCUUGGGGAUAUUGAAUCAAGAAAAUAUCUUUCAUAAAUGUCAUACCCCAAAUUUUGACCUAAGGUCCCACUGACACACGUCUCCGAACUCGGACCAGACUCGCAUUUCAGUGAAAAAUUCGGCAGGGA